GACGUCAUCGCGCCAGCGCCGCGCGCGGGACGCCCUUGGGCGGGGGGAGGGGAUGGCGGGACGCCUGGGCAAUGCCCUGCGGGCUCUGUGGGCCAAGGAGCCGGUGAUCGCCGCCAGCCUCGCCAUCGCCGCCGUGGCGUUGGUGUCGCCGCUGCUGAGCCCCUACGCCAAAUACUCGGGAAUGAUCAACAGGGCCACGCCCUACACCUACCCUGUUCCAGUGCGGGACGAUGGGAACCUCCCCGAUGUCCCCUCGCACCCCUGUGACAAGGAGGGACCCAACCUCCAGUGGCUCAAGGACCUCUGAGGGACCCCCCAAAAUCACCCCAAAUUUUGGGGACCCCCCCCCUUGAUCCUCGUGAAGGGUUUUGGGGGGGUCCCCCCAACUUUGGGAGUCCCCGAAAUAGAGAAUUGAAAGGUU